GGACGGUCCUCCCGUGGAGCAGGAAGCUGCUUCUGGGACUGAACACAGAGGAGAGGGUGGCACAAAACAACGUCGACAUCAGCAGGCAGCAGGGUGUCCACCAUAAUGUAGACCCAAACUGAGCACAGACCGCCGUGUGCCACAUCUACCCACGCGUAGCACCCGCAAGAACACGAGCAGAUGUCGAGGCUGCUGUGGUGAAAACAAAAGCAGAGUGGGCCGUGUUUUUGCAUGUGGAAAAUGAAGGAGCUGAAGGGCUGCGGCAUGCGCUCCUCAGUGGGCUUUCUGUCCCGCAGAGAGCUGACCGGGCAGCCGCUCAUGAAGGAGGAAUUUCAGAGACGCAGGUUGGCAGGUUGCACUAGCCUCUACAAGAAGGAUAUGCUCGGACAUUUCGGCUGUGUCAACGCCAUUGAGUUCUCCAACAACGGAGGAGAAUGGCUCGUCUCCGGAGGAGACGACCGCCGAGUUCUUCUUUGGCACAUGGAGAAAGCCAUCCACGCUCGGUCCAAGCCUGUGAAACUGAAGGGGGAGCACCUCUCCAACAUCUUCUGCCUGGCUUUUGACAGCACCAACAAAAGGGUUUUCUCUGGUGGAAAUGAUGAACAGGUGAUACUUCAUGAUGUGGAAAGGAGGGAAACCCUUAACGUGUUCCUUCAUAUUGAUGCCGUGUACAGCCUCUCCGUCAGCCCAGUCAAUGACAAUGUGUUUGCGAGCUCAUCUGACGAUGGGCGCGUUCUUAUCUGGGACACUCGUGAGCCGCCCCAUGGAGAGCCGUUCUGCCUGGCCAGCUACCCCUCGGCCUUCCACAGCGUCAUGUUUAACCCUGUGGAGCCCCGACUGCUCGCCACCGCCAACUCCAAAGAGGGAGUGGGGUUAUGGGAUAUUCGCAAGCCUCGCAGCUCUCUGCUACGUUACGGAGGCAGCAUGUCCCUGCAGAGCGCCAUGAGCGUUCGCUUCAACAGCACAGGUACCCAGCUGCUGGCCCUACGCCGCCGCCUGCCACCCGUCCUCUACGAGCUGCACUCCCGCCUGCCCAGCUUCCAGUUUGACAACCAGGGAUACUUCAACUCCUGCACCAUGAAGAGCUGCUGCUUCGCUGGAGACAAAGAUCAGUACAUCUUGUCCGGGUCUGAUGACUUCAACCUCUACAUGUGGAGAAUCCCAAAGGAUCCAGAGGCAGGAGGCCCUGGGCGAGUGGUGAAUGGGGCUUUCAUGGUUCUGAAGGGUCACCGGUCCAUAGUGAACCAGGUUCGCUUCAACCCUCACACCUACAUGAUCUGCUCAUCUGGUGUGGAGAAAGUCAUCAAGGUCUGGAGUCCUUACCAGCAGCCUGACAGUCUAGGUGACCUGGAGGGCCGUGUGGAGGACAAGUCCCGCAGCCUCUACACCCACGAGGAAUACAUCAGCCUGGUUCUGAACAGCGGCAGCGGUCUGUCCCAUGAUUAUGUCAGCCAGUCCAUCCAGGAGGACCCACGUAUGAUGGCCUUCUUUGAUUCUCUGGUGCGUAGAGAGAUCGAGGGCUGGAGCUCAGACUCAGACAGCGACCUGAGCGAAGAGGCCAUCAUGCAGCUUCACGCUCGUGGACGUCGAUCUACGCGAACCGCACCGGUGGCUCCUGUCACCGCUUCAGCUGCCGGUCACCACAGCGACUCCGAUAACUCCUCGUCAUCCUCUGUUGUCUCUGGAGGGGAGGAGCAAACCGGAGCAGAGGGGGAGGUGAGGAGACAGCGGAGACAGCAGCGACAUCAGUCAGGUUUCCUUGUGAACGAGGACUCGGACUCCAGUGAGUUUUGGCUCGACCCCAUGCCCCGGCCUCGAUCGCCAAGUCCUAGGGACAACUCCACUCUAUCCAGCCCCACCUCCUCCCCUUCACUUCCUGCCGGUGCCUCCAGCUCGUCCACAUCCACCUCCAGCUCCAGUAGCGAUGAUGAAGAGCGUCGCAGUGCAGUGAGGCGCCGUAAUGUGAUGAGGAGGCGGCGCAUGAAUGUUGUUUCCAGAGCUGGAGACCGACCUGAGUCUGUACAGGCUCUGUUUUCAGCCAUAGACUCCUGCAGUUAUCCCUCAAUCUCAAUUGAUGACCUGUCUUCAUCAUCAUCAGGUGAAGAACAGAACUCUGUACAAAUUAAGCCCCAGGUUGGUGGCACCACAGAGGAGGAGAAAUGCCUGAGCCCUUCGGACUUUGUGUGUCAAAGCCCGGUCAUGUCCCCUGAGAGCCAAGAGAAUGAGGAAGAGAGUGACAGAACUGAGCUACAGAGACAUCUAGCUGUGGAGGAGCUCAGGACAGAGACUGAAGGGAGGACGGCGUUAGACGGUUCUCACAGCGCAGAGGCGUGCAGCAGCUCGGUGGCGGUGGAUGGUAACUCCCAGAGCCGGUGUAGCCCUGGGGUGAACGGCCAGCACCGGACUGUGGCACCAGCUGUGGGACACAUGAAUGAGAACACACAUGCGUCCUCAGAAUCAGAGGAAGAGACUGAAGACAACAGACUGUCACCUCCAAAGGGCUCGACUCUGAAACGGACUCACAUGGGAUCAGAGGGCGGGGGGCCGGGCUCCUCACCAUCAGAGAAGAAGUUAAAAACAUAAUUAUUUUUCAUCCAAGAAAGAGAUCAUUUGUUAAAAGACUUAAUUUAGAAAGUGGGUUUUCUAUGGGUUUUUACAACUCAGCUUUUUCAUUUUCCAUCUUGGUUGUAGCCAUGAGACACACGAACACUGCUUUAGAGCAAAAGAUGUUGGGAAGGAAAUGAGGUUGUUUUUUUGUUUUAGAACAAAUUAAUUAGUCAUCACUACAGAGGUCAAACCGGAGAUGACUUUAAAAUGAUGGGAAAUAGAAAACUUAAGCUAAAUAUUGUUGAUAGCAGAGGUAUUUUAACUGAAAUACAUUGGCUACUCAUUUAUUUUCUUGCGGUAUCAGUGUUUUUCUUCUCAUGCUCUGGUUGUUGCAGAAUGCUCCACCCAGGAUUUGGAGCCCCUCCAACAUAACAAAAAAGGUCUUAUGGAGGACAAUGGCUUUGCAGCAUUUUAAUAUCUGCAUUUUAACACUGAUUCUAAUUCUGAAUUUGCUUUUGAUUUUUAAGUGAUUCUUGACUGCUUCAGUGUGUCUGAAGAAUUGACUGUCUCCACAGAAAUCCUAAGGAGCACCAUUUUGUUUAAGCUGUACAUUGAAAUGAUGCUUUCAGUGUCUGCAAAUUGUUUUUGUCUCAUUAUCCAGCCCUCUGGGUACCAUUACAAGUCAGUGCUCGCUUUUGUUUUCUUGCAAUUAAAGAAUAAUUUGUUCUUCAA